AUGAAAUUGGGACUCAGCAGAAAGAGCAGAGAGCUGGAUGACCGUGAUAUUUCUCUUUACUUGACUCCAUCUUACUUUGAACUUUACUAUUUUGUGUUCAAAUUAAAAGUUGAACUGUUUCAAGAAAACACCAAGCUUUCUGCAAUCCAGGAGUUGUUUGUGAGGAUGGGCUAUGGGUGAGGAGAGGGCCUUAGGGUAUGGUCUUUGUUUCUAUUGUGCACCUGCUCAUUGUGAAUUUUGCCAGAGAGAUGUUGAUCUCGUCUUAUAUCCAAAACAAUGGCCACUUGUCCUGUUUCAUGAACUUACCUAGUUAGAGCUGGAGACACUAAUCACACCUUGUUAAUUAGCAACCUCUAACUUCAGACCUUAGUUAAGACACAUAUACAUUUAUAAUUAGCAUGUUGCCUAGGGAUGGUCAAUGUACCUUGUACAAGGAUGGACACUAUAAAUUGUAUGCAUAAGAAGGAUCCAUAAUAUAUCAUUUGUAUAUCUAAAAUAUUGACAAUAUUACUGUAUGGUUCAAUAAACGUACCUAGUCAUCAAAAGAACCAGCUGAAUGGAUUCCUAUGCAUAAUUUUGGCUCUUCCCUUGAGAUUGUGACACUGCACAAUGUGGCACCCUCUGCUAAGAUGGCAAACUUCCAUGAUCCAUCACCUCUGAUACAUGAAAUUACUCCUAAACCAGUGGCCAAGACAAUGAUUUUGACACUGCGAACAGACCUAUUAAUGAAGAUAUUGUCUUGCCUAUCCUUGCAUUCCUGAUACAACUGUGGUAUGCCGAGUUCAUAAAUGCAUUCCCUGAAACCAAGAUGAACGUACCCAGCACCACUGUGCAACAUAUCUCUGAGGCUAUACCUGCCCUUUCAGAUGAGGAAACAUCUAUUGUUCCUGAAGAUGGUAUCCUGCCUGUCCUUUACCUGAGUCUGAAACCAAAGUGGGUACAUGCACGGUCUCUGUGCUAUCUAUCCCUGAUGUCCUAUUUGUCCCUUCUACCUUUAAAACCUUGCCUGUUCCACUCCCCAUCCUUGCUUUUCUAA